UGGGGAUCGUAUCAUCGACACAAAGAGCAGAACGAUGACCCUGUCGGAGGCACAAGAAGCCCUACUGGACCGCCUCGAGAAGGCAAGCCAUGGAAAAGAAGCGGUGGACCUAUUGCCGACCAAACCAAGCAUGUCCCUGAAGCAGUACUACGCGCUGAAGGUUCCUGCAAACCCUGCCACAACGAACCCUGUCGUGCUUUCGUCAACGGUCCAGAAAUUCCUGACAAACGCCCAGAAGUGCUAUCGGGCGUGCGAAACGGUGGAAAAGCAUACGGAGAAGUCGCUCGCAUUGCUUCAAGAGAUGGAGGACCGUCAUGUGUCGGUGAAAACAUUGACAAGCGCCUUGUACGAGAGCUUCGAGACGCUCCUGACAGAACUGGAUGAGCUCAACGUCAAGGUGCAGAACCUGGAGGGACCGUUACCGUAUUUUACACGCAUCUCGAACAUUGCAAAAGCAGUCGGUGCGUCAUGCGUUUGCAUGGGACUUCAUGUCUGUCGAACCUUGUCACGUGUAGGUGGAAAGAUUGACUUUUCGUCUCGAGUUGAAGCGUCCGGGGAGUCCACGGUCAUGGUGCACGUUCGCCCGUACAUGUUUGGUGCAAUCGAUCCGACGUCUCCGACAUUUGAACAAGGCAUCGUUGACCUCGAUGACUGCGUCACGUUUCUCCAGCAGCACAAAGAUUUCAAGGACGCCCCCAUGUACCUGGCCGCGUACGGGGAGCUCAUGAUAAAUGCGCUGCACACGUUGCGAGAUUAUGCCGUGGCCAUGCUCGAGUCGGCACGUGAUCUCGUGAUUGGAGCGGUAUCCCCACAACCAUCGACAACGCCACCACAGGAACUAGACGAAGCCUCGGUAUACUACCUACAAUUCCACGCCGCUGCCCCUGCCUGCCAAGCAUUGACCCGCCACCUUGAUCAGCGUGACACAAUUCCAGGGAAUGAAUCGUAUUUGCCGGACGUGCUAGACACGUACGUGAGCGUCCGCACACAACUACUGACGCCGGUUGUGGUGGCGUACUUGACGUCAGUGAAUCAAAAUGUCGAUAUUGUGAGCUUGCUCCGCAUUGGGUGCCAGUACAUGGUGCGCCUCUGCCAUGCAGAAUACACGCUGUUUCGGCAUGUCUUUGCCGCCGCCCCGACAGCGCCCGUGCUUCAAGUCGAAGACCAAGAUGAAAACGCAUUUCAGCGCAUGAUUUUUCAGCUCAGCUACACGUUGUACCACACCGUGCGACCACGUAUGAUCCAGCAGCACAACCUCGAAGUGCUUUGUGAGAUCGUUGAAGUCUUGCGAAGCGAAGUGAUCGAUACGCACAUUCGACCACGUGGAGAUGCUGCAGAGGCCGUCGAGCCUGUCGUCGGACGCAUGAUUGGCGACGCCCAAGAACGACUCAUUCUGUGCACGCAAAAGUACAUUCGCGACAAUAUCGAAGCGUUUGUGCCAACUCCAAGCGAUUUGAACUACCCGGAGAAACUUGCAGCCCCCACGGUGUAUGCCACGUGGUACCCGACCCUCGAGCACACGCUCAUGUGCCUGUCCAAAGUCUAUCGAUACGUCAACAUGCACAUAUUUGAAGAGCUGGCCCAAGACGCCGUCCGAUCCUGCACGGCGACGCUCAAGAUGGCAUCGGCAGACAUCGCAGUCAGUAAGGGGAAUCUGGAUGGCGGGCUGUUCUUGGUCAAGCAUCUUCUCACAUUGCGCGAGCGCAUCGCGCCGUUUGACAUUCAGUUCUCUGUGACGGAGAAGAACUUGGACUUUACGUCGACCACGGAUGCCGUGGGCAACAUUCUGAACGGCACGAUCUUGACCGAUGCGUUUACUCUGUCCGUCGACAACUCGAUCUUGGGACUCCUCACGCACGGCAUCCCCCAUGUACACACGACCACGUCGGAUGUGAAGAAGGACUUGGAGCAUGAGCUCAAGAAGAGCUGCACCGUUUUUAUCGAGCACGCCGUCCAGCAUGUGACGGCCCCCCUCGCUGCGUGGCAGCAAAGGGCCAAGUCGACGAUGAAGCAAUCCGAACGCUCCCUGCGAACGUCCCUACCCCACGGAUCACCUGAUGCGAUCCGAGCAAUGUUAAAGCUGUUGGCGACGCAUGUGGAGGCGCAACUACCCCUUGUCCAUGACAAAAUCCACGCAUACUUGAUGAAUGCGUCCACGGAAUCGAUUUUGUUCAAGCCAAUACAGAAAGGGCUUGGCGAUGUCGUCGAGCAAUUCCAGGCGAUUCUCGAGAAAGAAUAUAGUGCCGACGAGCGUGCUGCGUGCGAUGGGGACGUUCAAGCCGUCCAGCACAAGAUUCUUCAGUUCAUGUAAUAGAGUUCGUAUCGUUCAUUUGUCGAGACCAAUUCUCUUCGCCUGGGCGGUGGAAGGCAUCAUGGCCAUCUGACGUG